UCCGUCGCCCAACUUCCCCCGCAGCAACGAUGCCCUCGAGUUUGGUUUCGGGCGAUACAGCAGGGUAGGACUAUGGAAGAUCCUCGUCAAUGUCAUCAGCCAAAGAUGAAGCCAUUAACCUCCUGUCACUCGAUGGCGGUGGUGUGCGGGGGGUUGCUUCGCUGGUCAUCUUGCACGAAAUCAUGCUCAAGAUCAAGGAGUCCCAGCGUCUUGACCACCUCCCCAAGCCCUGUGAAUAUUUCCAUAUGAUUGGGGGGACCAGCACAGGAGGCCUGAUCGCGAUCAUGCUCGGGCGACUUCGUAUGUCGACCGAAGAGGCUCUGCAUGAAUAUGACCAAUGUGCUUCGAAGAUCUUCUCCUCCCGCAACAAGAAGUGGAACACCGCUACCGAAAAGUUCCGCGCCACGGCCCUCAAGGAGGUCGUCCAGGACCUCGUCCGACGCCGCAAUACGGGGGAGUACUUGCGGGACCCUACGCUACGGUACGACUCAAAGGGUCAAUGUUUCGUGUGUGUGAUGCCUGCGCACCAGGUGGGCGAGCCUCGCCGCCUUCGCUCCUUCGGCGAUCCCGGCACCCAGGAGCUCGCCAACGUCAAGAUCUGGGAAGCCGCGAGAGCCACGACAGCGGCAUCGGUCUAUUUCAAACCCAUGACAUUGAAGGUCGGGCCGCGCCAGACCGAGGACUAUAUUGACGCCGCCAUCGGCUGCAACAAUCCUGCCGAUUACGUCCUCCGCGAGGCGGUAUGGCAGUUCGGGAGCGCCCGGCGGUUGGGCUGCCUUGUCAGCAUCGGCACGGGAACCCGGGUAGUGAAGAUUGGCCGAGCAGCGAGCGGCCUGAAGAACAUUGUUCAGACGCCCACAUUUGUCAAGGAGCUGCUGGGGACCCUGAAGAAUGCGGCGACGGAUAGUGAAGAGACACACCGCCAACUCCAGGCCAAGUUAGGUAGCUACCCGGACGCGUAUUUCCGCUUUAAUGUUCCCGACGCUGCAGCCGAGGUCCGCCUGGACGAGUAUCUUAAGAUGGGGAAGUUGAAAUCGUCGACCGCCGUUUACUUAUCCGACCCCAAUGUUAGCUCCCGGAUCCAAGCGGCGGCUAGGGUGCUCAAAGACAACUCAUCAGAGCACGGAUUGACCCUCGGCCAUACGGAUGCACUUGACAAAGACCAGGUCGUAUUGUCGACACUGGAACCCCAGCCUUUGGGCUACACCACCCGCUUCUUUACCGGGAGGGAGGACAUCUUGGCUAAGCUCAGGGCCUGCUUUUAUGAACGCAACACCGGAGGUAAACCAAGGCGGGAAUUUUUGUUGUACGGUAUGGGCGGUGUGGGCAAGACGCAGAUCGCUUUGAAGACAGCGGACGACCUCGAGGAUCAGUUCAAGUACAUAUUUCACGUUGAUGGAAAGAGUCUUCUUACGGCGAGCCAGAGCUACGCCAGCAUUUGUCGGCAAUACUCCCUGGGCAGCGGGACGACUGAAGUAAUGAAACAGCUAGCUCUAGAAUGGCUGGAGGGGCUCUCAGACGAGUGGCUCAUCAUCUACGACGAUUGCCCCGAACAGGAUCGCUUCCGGCCACUCCUUCCACGCCGGAACAAGGGCAAUAUCAUCUACACGUCGCGGUCCCAGGGGCUGCAGGCCGAGAUUCCGGCCCAGUACGUCUGCGAGGUCCCGCCGUUCGAAGAGGCUGACGCAGUUGAUCUGCUUCUCAAGGUAUCUGGCCGUGAGCAAUCGGAGUGGGACGAGGAGGAACUUGGUUCAGCCCGGGAGAUUGUGGCUAGCGUGGGCUAUCUUCCCAUCGCCAUCGAGAGCGCGGGAUCCUACAUCCGGGAAGGAGGGUGCAACGCGAUCACGUAUCUGCAAAGAUUCCGCGAUUCAAAUGCCAGGUCGGAGUUACUUAGCAGAUCAAAUUCCGAUGCUUCUUCGCCGGCUCGCCCGGCCCUGUACACGGCUUUCGACCUUUCGUACGAUGCGAUUGUCGGAGUGAGGCGGCGGAGAGGUAGGAGUGUGAUAGGCAUGGCCGCCGAGCACGCCCUACAGGCACUAAACCUGCUCUGCUUCUACCACAACGAGCGGAUCCCAGUGAUCAUGAUGGAACGCGCGGCCGUGGAGCGCCUGAAAUGGGGCAGUCUCAGGGUAUGCCCCUUCUACGAGCUCACAGAUGACCCAUUCUUCGACGCUACGUCUCUGCUAUCUCUCAAUUACCCAGACGGUACCUGGAACUCUCUUCCCUUCGACUUGGGAGUGCAGACUCUCCAGCGGUUCUCGCUAGCCAAGCUAUCGCCGCACCGAAGAUACGUGUCGAUGCACGUCAUGGUGCAGGCGUGGGCUCAGGACCGGAUGGAGGACCUCGUCCGGGAGAAACAGGCUCUGAUCGCCCGGAUGGUGCUAAUCGAGUCCAUGGUCGUCAGCUGGAACCGAACCGAGGCUGCGUGGAUGCGAUCGUUGCCGUCCCAUGUCAAGGCCUGCUUGUCGCACAAGGCGGCGUCAGUAGCCCACGAUCCGUACCAAGCCAUUCUGGAUUUCAAGCUCGGGUGGUACUACGCGGAGGAGAAGCAAUUCUCCGAGGCCAUUCGCCAUCUCAACAACGCUCUGCGCAUCUGGAGGUUUGAGAAGGGUGUGCAUAGCGAGCCCGCAACCACCGUGCUCGACCGAUUGGCAAACGUUUAUCAGGAGAUGGGCAAUGCGGCCGAUGCUGAGCUUGCGUAUCUCGAAGUGAUAGAUAGGCUGCGCCUUCGCUACCAGGACCAUGGACUGGACCGGAGGAGGGCUCGUGAACGACGAGCUAAAGCACAUCCGAGGAGACGGGCCAAGAGCGAAGAACUGGCUCGGAUGCUUCUUCGGCGCAAGUUUGGGAACAACCCGGCCAAGGACCAGGAAGCGCAAACCUGGUGUGAUGACCGGGCGGUGAAGGAGCAGGUUGGUAACGGGGAGGAUCCGACGGGCGAACCUGCGGGCAUGCCACAUGCUCCCGGCCCUGGGCCGGAAGUGGGAGCCACGCCGGACGUGGGGGGCACGACGAUGGAGCAGCUGAUUGAGGACGUCAAGUCUGUGGUGGUCCAGAGGAAGCCUCGGGAACUCACCCCUGACGACUUGCGCUUCGAGAUGGCCAGCGUCUACACUGGCUUGGCAAGACUGGAUUUCGACCAGGGCAGGUUUUCAUCGGGCGCGGGCCUCGUCAUGUCGGCCAUUGAGCUCCUGAAGCAAUCCGGAUAUCCGGACGACGUCCGGGUCUGGUCUCUUGAGGACGAACUCAUACGGCGGUUCCGGAACGGGGGAGACCUACGCCAUUGGGCUCGACGUAGCUCCGCUCUACGCUCCAUGCCUCCAGACCAGAAGGAAGACGUUGCCUCGCACGAGUACUCGUUUGUUUGGCAGAUAGGCUACGCGUGGUAUCUGGUCAAUGAGGACAGCUGGGACGAGGCGUACCAGGUUUUCCAGGGAGUAUUGAAGCUGGCCACGGUCCACUAUGGCGCGGGCGACCGAAGGACGCUCUAUCUGUUGCGGAAGAUGGCUCUGUGCCAGCUCGAGAGAGGGCUUUUUGAAGAAGCCGAGGAACUUGCGAGGACGGCAGUCGAACGAGCAAAGGCUUCCUAUGGACAGUGGCAUCUCCAGACCGCGAAGUGCCUCGACACACUUAGCAUCAUCCUAAUGUCUCAGAGCCUCGAUCUCCUCCCGGGCUCCGAGUUCUGGACCAUCACGCGAGAGGCUUACGACUCGGCAGAAGCCGCGCUGCCUCCAGACCACUACCUGACGGUACGGCUGAAGCAGCGGCUUGAUAAGGUCAGCCGUACCGAGUCGGAAUGGAUGAGCAAAGCCGUCGCCAGUGCCGUCGUGCAGGAAUGUGGGCUUUCUCGGGCUCGAAACCUUGAGCUCGCCGAACCCAGCGAGGAUACGGGCGAGGAGACCGACGAGUUUUUCCAACAUAUUGAUCGGAUGUUUGCAGACGGCUACCCGGAAACAAAGGAGGAGUACAUGAGAAUAGUCAACGCCGAGUACCGGGAAUACAACAGGAGAAAGCUUCGGGCCAGGGAGGAGGAGAGGAACAAGAAGAAAAGGAACGGAAUGAAGCAGCCCGCAGCCGCUGCCAGGGCACCAGCAGUAGUAUCAAAGGCGUGUCCGAGUUUUAGCACGACUGGCAGCAGUAAAAUAGCAGGGGAGAGUUCGAAGACAUUGGGCAGCCGAGCCGGGGCUGGCAGCGAGCAGAGAGCGACAGGGGAGGGAAAGGGGCGAGCAGACGACGCAAGUCCCGCCGCAUCUGAGGGCGUAUUCUAAAUUUCCAUAAGCACUCUGUACUCCGAUACCCACACG